UCAGCCCGUGAGCGUGUGUUCGCCCUCACGGAGUGUGAACAGCAGAAGAAGCCGGACGGCGUGCUAUUUCCCCCCUCCAUUUAAAGUUUGACAAGAGGGCAGGGACAUGGGCGAACGAUUUGUGGUGGUCCCGGUUGACAGAGGAGUCGGGGUCGCCGGCGUGGGGGAGCCCUCGGACGCGGUCGUCGCUGACCCGGCGUCGGACUCUGGCGACGGCAGUGGCACGGUGGAGGAAAAAGAGGCGGGGGAGGACUCCGUGUUCGAGCCGCAAGAGGACCCCAACGCUGUGGUGCCUAUCCUGAAGUACAACAGGGAGCCCAACAAGUAUGCCCCGCUCCUCAGAAUGGAGCAGAGGGGAAGCACUCGACGGAAGGGUGAUGGCGUCCCGAAGGAAAACAGUCCCUUCAUCAACAACACAGACAACGACAAAGGCAACAACAUGGCUCUUUUUGAGGAUGAGAUCGAAAUCAACCCCAUGGUGUCGUCCCUCCUCAACAAGCUUGCAAACUACACCAACCUCACCCAGGGGGCCCAGGAGCACGAGGAGGCUGAUAAUGAUGAGGGGCCCAAGAAGAAAGAAGUCAAGAGCCCUCAGAUGGGGACCUUCAUGGGCGUCUACCUCCCGUGCCUCCAAAACAUUCUGGGGGUCAUCCUAUUUCUGCGACUCACCUGGAUUGUCGGCACUGCCGGCAUCUUGGAGUCCCUGGCUAUCGUCGGCUUGUGCUGCUCGUGUACCAUGCUGACGGCCAUAUCCAUGAGUGCAAUCGCUACCAAUGGUGUUGUGCCAGCUGGAGGCUCCUACUACAUGAUUUCAAGAUCUCUGGGCCCAGAGUUCGGCGGUGCGGUCGGUCUCUGUUUCUACCUGGGCACGACCUUCGCCGGCUCCAUGUACAUCCUUGGUACUAUAGAGAUCCUGCUGACCUACAUUGUGCCUAAAGCAGCCAUCUUUGUGGCAGAGAAAAAGGAGGACGAGGUGAAUGCCCUGCUGAACAACAUGCGCGUUUACGGCACAUGCUGCCUAGCGCUGAUGUCCGUGGUCGUCUUCGUCGGGGUGAAGUAUGUCAACAAGCUCGCGCUGGUCUUCCUGGCCUGUGUCAUUCUCUCCAUCCUUGCCAUCUAUGCCGGAGUCAUCAAGACCAUCUUUGAGCCCCCAGACUUCCCUGUUUGCAUGUUGGGGAAUCGCACUCUGCAGAACCAAAACUUUGACAGUUGUCUUAAGACGGAGAUCAUUGACAACGUGACGGUCACUACCCAGCUGUGGAAGCUGUUCUGCGACGGUCCUGAGCUCAACGCCACCUGCAACGACUACUUUCUCCUCAACAAUGUGACUGAGGUGCAGGGCAUCCCUGGGCUGAGGAGCAGAGUCAUUUCAGAAAACAUGUGGUCAGUGUACGGCCCUCUGGGUAAGUUGGUAGAUGACACAAAGCUGGAUUCAGUGGAUGGAGGUGACUCUGCCCAAGACAAGUACUUGCCCUACGUCGUCAACGAUAUCACCACCUUCUUCACGCUGAUGGUCGGCAUCUACUUCCCGUCUGUCACCGGUAUCAUGGCUGGUUCAAACCGGUCAGGUGACUUGCGGGAUGCCCAGAAGUCCAUCCCCAUCGGGACCAUCUUGGCCAUCGCCACAACCUCCUUCAUCUACGUCACCUGCGUGGUUCUGUUCGGUGCCUGUAUUGAGGGAGUUCUGCUUCGAGACAAAUUUGGUGACGCAGUGAAGGGGAACCUUGUGAUAGGCACACUAUCAUGGCCCUCACCCUGGGUUAUUGUGAUUGGCUCGAUCUUCUCCUGCUGUGGGGCGGGGCUACAAAGUUUGACCGGUGCCCCCCGCCUGCUGCAGGCCAUCGCACGAGACGGCAUUGUACCGUUCCUGCAGGUGUUCGGUCAUGGGAAAGCUAACGGAGAACCCACCUGGGCUCUGCUGUUGACCGCUGGGAUCUGUGAGAUCGGUAUCCUCAUCGCCUCCCUGGACGCCGUGGCUCCAAUCCUCUCCAUGUUUUUCCUCAUGUGCUACUUGUUUGUCAACCUGGCCUGUGCGCUUCAGACCCUGCUGCGGACGCCCAACUGGAGGCCACGCUUCAAAUACUACCACUGGGCUCUGUCCUUCCUGGGAAUGAGCUUGUGUCUUGCUCUCAUGUUCAUCUGCUCCUGGUAUUAUGCUAUUGUGGCCAUGGCCAUCGCUACCUGCAUCUACAAAUACAUUGAAUACAGAGGGGCAGAAAAGGAGUGGGGAGAUGGCAUCCGUGGCCUGUCGCUCAAUGCAGCACGCUACGCCCUCAUUCGCCUCGAGGAGGCUCCACCGCACACUAAAAACUGGAGGCCUCAGUUGCUGGUGCUCCUGAAUCUUGACUCGGAUCAAGGAGUGAAACACCCCCGCCUGCUGUCCCUCACCACUCAGCUGAAGGCAGGCAAAGGCCUCACCAUAGUGGGGAAUGUUUUAGAGGGGACCUAUCUCACCAAAGAUGCAGAGGCCAGGAAGGCUGAGCAGAACAUCAAGUCCGCCAUGUCAGAAGAGCGAACAAAGGGUUUCUGCCACGUCGUGGUGUCGUCAAACCUCCGAGACGGAGUCUCCCACCUCAUCCAGUCUGCAGGGCUGGGAGGCAUGAAGCACAACACGGUCCUCAUGGCCUGGCCCGGCACCUGGAGGCAGGCCAACGACCCGCAGUCGUGGAAGAACUUCAUAGAGACGGUGCGGGAGUCCACAGCAGCUAACCAUGCCUUGCUCGUGGCUAAGAAUGUGGACAGCUUCCCCGCCAACUUGGACCGCUUGGGGGAGGGCACCAUAGACGUGUGGUGGGUGGUUCACGAUGGAGGCAUGCUGAUGCUGCUGCCCUUCCUGCUGCGACAGCACAAGGUGUGGAGGAAGUGUAAGAUGCGCAUCUUCACUGUGGCCCAGAUGGACGACAACAGCAUCCAAAUGAAGAAGGAUCUCCAGAUGUUCCUUUACCACCUGCGACUGAAUGCAGAAGUGGAAGUGGUGGAGAUGCAUGAUAACGACAUCUCGGCCUUCACCUAUGAGAAGACCCUGGUGAUGGAGCAAAGGUCUCAGAUGCUGAAACAGAUGCAGCUCUCCAGGACUGAGAGGGAGAGAGAGAUUCAGAGUAUCACUGACGAGUCGCGUAACUCGAUCCGGAGGAAGAACCAGGGCGCCGCCCCGAGCACGACCCGCAGCCGGCCGUCCUCCACGGCGGAGGACACUCAGGAGGACGAGGCCCAGCUCAUCCACGACAGAAACACAGCGUCUCAUGCCACAAUAAACGACAAGGCCGAGGCCGGGCCCGACCGGGUGCACAUGACCUGGACCAAGGACAAGCUCUUCAUGGAGCGGAACCGCAACCGCGAGUGCAAUGCCAACGUGGCCGUGCGCGACCUGUUCAACAUGAAACCAGAGUGGGAGAGUCUGAACCAGUCAAAUGUCCGCCGGAUGCACACAGCUGUCAAGAUGAACGAGGUGGUGGUCAACAAGUCGCAGGGAGCUCAACUAGUUCUGCUGAACAUGCCCGGACCGCCCAGGAACAGAGGAGGAGACGAGAACUACAUGGAGUUCCUGGAGGUUCUCCUCGAGGGUUUGAACCGGGUCCUCAUGGUUCGAGGCGGUGGCCGCGAAGUCAUCACCAUCUACUCUUAAAUAAUAAAAAAAACACAAAAAAAACUCACGCCCAACCUUGCACACAUGGGCUGUUGCCAUGGUUACUGGUCACUGGGCAUUUUUGUGGAGGAAACCUAAUUUUUGUUUUUUAUGAAGGGGCGGGGGGUUGUUGGAAGCCAGGACCACUCGUGUUUGAAGGAAUCCAUGAUGAAGGACUGGUUGAGUGUGUGUGUCCACGCUGGGCUGUAGAACCCCCACUCCCCCGCACGUGGAAAAUAGAGCAUAGAGACACUUUAACAUUGUUCAUUUAACGCUUGUUCAACUUGUUAUGUUGCGUUACAUUUUGAUAUUCGGUCCCGACGUUCACCGAAUAAAGAUAAGCAAGGGAGGGAACGUGAGUGUGCUGUUAUGACGGGAGGUGGACAAGUUCCAGAGAGGUUUUGUAGAACAAGGGUGUAGUUCAGAGGUCGUCCCUUCAGCAGCAUUUGUUGUCGUAGUGUCCUGAGGCCGUUGGCCUUGUCAGUGAUUUAGUGAAGCACCGGCUAGGGAGGACGUGCACCACAUGUUGGAUCAACUUCUGCUUCAGAUAUGUGGUCCUGCAACUUGUUCAACAUUUCGGACCCUCGGAGAACACAAUUGUUUUAAUAGGGAAAACAGCCAUAGCAAAUACUCUCUGACCUUUUGUCAGCGUUCUAGAAUGACAUUAAAUGCACAUGUAUACAUAUUUAUGGUGACUGAAGUAGAGCUCAGUUGGGAGAUUUUCUUUUUAAAUCCCAGGGCUGUUUGACAGCGUGCUUAAUGAAACCGCAGAUUGGCUCACGUUAAAUCUGCCCUCACAAUUGUCGGCAUUUAGCAAAGUGUAAAACAUAAAAGCACAAACUGACUCAUCUUAUAUAUCGCCGUAGUAACCGCACCGUUGACUUUGCACUACGCAUUCCACAGCACUUAAUUAAUUGCAUACUCUGUCUGGUUCUGUCGCCCACGGUGACGCCUUCUACCGGUCAACACGACACUCUUCUUCCAUAACACGAGAUAAAUACUGAUGAAUGAGCUCAAAGGAAAAGGAUGCUUCCGUACUGUUUAAUACUCAUUGUUGUUUUUAUAAUAAUUUACCAAACCAAACUCUCCAGGCUUUGAGUCCCAAGCGGGGUAGAUUCAUUGUAACGAUCAUGUGUAGGAGAAAAAGUGCCAAAAUGAAGAAACUGUGGAAGUAUCACUGAUGCACAGUGGGACGGCCACAGCUGUUUUUUACAUUGACCAUCUUAAAAACGAAAAAAAUGUAAAGCACUAUAAUUGUAUUUUUUUUUUUUUAUGAUACCUCUACCCCUUGCUAGAAUUAUUUUUAAAAGUUAGCUAAUUAAUAAUCGAGCAAAUGCAACCGGUAAAUGUCACACCCUCUUGCACUUCCACAGUUUCUUUUUUCAAAUUAGCUGCAGUAAAAGCAGAAAGCCGUGUUCUCCUGCACGUCUUCGAGGGGGGAAUCAAGAACUUCUGGUCGUCAGUUCGGCAAUAACCAUGUUUUUGUUGUGUUUUGUUCCUUUUGUUGAUGUGCGCCUGUGUAACUAUUUAGUUCUCCAGUAGUGUUUGUUACGUUAUAAUUCAUCUAUUGUUACUUUAAGUGUUCAUUAUCAUCUUAUUCCUUUGGAAGGGGGCAUAGAGAGUGUGUGAGGAUGUUGGCGGAUGUCGAGUUUUAUGUGUUUUGUUUCCGACCCGUCACACGCAGUGUAGCACACAGGACUGACCCCUCGCCCCCUGCCAAAGCUUUAAAACUCUCAGUAAAGCUUGCAAUUGUCUAGUUUUUAAGAAGUUUGAAACAUUGGAAAUCGUAAAGAUAAAUUUAAUCUGGUUCCUGAGCUGAACAGCAGCAGCUGUGCGUAAAGGGAACAUGAAGCACACGAAAACCUAAACAGACCAUGCUAAAACAAUAUAUCAAGUUUUUGAAGAAGGUGAAGAUGAUUUUCAGCAGUUUGUGUGUUUCACAGCUUUGUUUGAGGUGACUGGAGAAUGUUAUCUACCUCAAGGUGUCACUGAGGCUGAAGAAAUAAUAAAGAAAAAGGAACGUG